UGACGUUAUUUUCAAAUUUCAGUGGCGGAUGAAUCGUUAGCGUCAGCUACCCGAAGCUGCACUGCAGUUUUAGCGAAGUUCUUUUCAAUUAAUUUGUUUUUUAAAUAUAUUUUUACGAGCAAUUUGGAUCCAGUAUGUCUUUUUCCAGAGCUCCGCUGAAAAGGUUUAAUGAGCAAAUUGGCUGUGCUCCUCCGCCGGGGUCCUAUGAUAUCAAAACGGGUGAUUCAAAGGGCGUAGCGUCCUUUGACAAAUCUGAGCGAUUCAAAUUGAUGAAGACAGCCACCGGGGCUGCUCUACCACCGCCAGCAUCACCCUCCAGAGGGGUCUUUGUGUCCCCUGUCCGCAGGACUCUGUCCGUAGAUGGUCUGGCAGAAGGAUUGAGUGCAAGGAAGGAGAGGAACUGUAUGACCCUGGAGAGGAAGAAGCAGAGACUCUUGGAAAGAGAGAUCCGGUGCCUGGUGCAGCAGCGAGGGGAGCAGGAUCGUCGCCUGCAGGUUUUGGAAGAAGAAUUGAAGAAGGUGGAGGCCAGGCUGCUGGCUGCAGUCAGGGAGAGGACCGGCCUGGCGGCCAACGUUACCACGCUUGAGAGGCAAAGGGCAGAGCUCAAGAAAGUCAAUGAGUUUCUCAAAAACAAGGUUUCUGCUGACACAACAAAAAAGAGAAUUAAUUCUCUUACAAUGGAGCUGAUGGAAGCAAGGAACAGUUUAGAUGUUAAAAACCAGGAGUUACAUGUCCUGCAGAUUAACAGUCAAGGACAAAUGAACAUGUUGGAAACUGAUCUUCAGGCUUCCAAAGUUACUGUUUCCUCCCUCCAAGACAGAAAUAAAGACUUGGAGGAUCUCCAUCAAGUGAUGAAAACACAGAAUAAUGAGCUGGAAAAUGAGAAUGCUAGCUUACACGCUGUGAUCCUGGAGCUGAGGGAGGAGGUCAGAGUGCUGCAGGGGUACCUGGAUGCUGCAAAUGAUCAGAUCCAAGAUCUGCGCUUGAAGCUUCAAGAAAAAUCACAGGAAAGCAAUGCAGCCAGUUUUCAAGAGGAGAAACUUGAGCAACUAGAAAUGGAACUGGGAAACUGUACUGCAGAGCUAGAAUGCUCUCAAAACACCCUGAAAGCAAAAGAGGAGGAGGCUCAAAAGUUUCAGCAAGACCUGCAGGCAUCGAAGGAUGCUUUAUGGGAGGUGGAGAAAAGGCUGGAGUACCAGGAGCUGGAGCUCAAGGCUGCCCAAAAAGCUGUGAGUGAGUCGGAAAAGCAAAUCAAGUCGGCCAACCUGGAAGUUCAAGAGUCUCAGGUGACGGUCCGCCAGCAGGAGGCGGAGCUCGUCAGGCUGAGAGAGGUGCUCAGGAGAACAGAGCGGGAGCUGGACGAGAGGGUGGCACACCUUGAACAAAAGUGUCUUUCCUCUGAGGAAGAGAGAAACAAGGUUCAAGAAGACGGGAUCAGGAAGAUAGAAGAGCUGAAGAUGGAGCUGAGCUCAGUGCACCAAAUGAAAAGAGAUGAAAGAAAGAGAAAGAUUCAACUUGAGCAAGAGCUUGCUACUCUUUCUGAGGAGCUGACCAAGGAAAAGGCUCUUGUGGAUUCCCUGACUCUCCUGGUGGAGCAAGAAAGGAAUGAGUCUGAGGAGCACUUGAGACAGCUGAAGGAGGAGAUGGAGGAGGUUCUGGGAGAGCUUGCUUCUAUGGAGGAACAAGAGCAGAGGAGGCAGGAGGUGAUAAAGAAGAGCCAGGAGGUUGUUGAUACUCUCGAGGAGGAAAAAGAUAAGCUGGGGCAGGAGCUGAAUACUACAAAAGAACUUUUAAUGAAUAAGACCAACGAUGUGGAAAGUUUGAAAAAGGUGCAUUUAACUGCCAUGAAAGAACUUGGAGAGGCGAGCGCAAUCUCUCAGCAGAGGAUGAGCAAUAUUGUCUCUGAGCUGGAAAGCGCCAGCGAGGCUCUGGAGGAUGCAAAGAAAAGGGAGAAAGAGCUGGAGGCAGAGGUGAGGAGAGUGACCCAACAACUGAAGGAGGUGAUGGACAAAGUGGUGGAGCAUACAGAGGAAGAAAUCAACCAGUUGAGAGAGUUGUCAGACGAGCGCCAAGAGACCCUGUUGGUUGAAGCAAGAGCCAGAGAGGAAAAUGCAAAAAUAUUGCUGGAGGCGCAGGCUUGCCUGGCACAAAAAGAUGAGGAGAUGAAGGCCACAGAAGAGCGCCACGCAGCUCUAAUCAGUCAGCUUCAGCAGGAGCUACAACUGCAGACAAAUGGCAAAGACGAGGCACUGAGGCAACUGGAGGAACAGAGAAAUCAGAGUUUAACUCAGUUCCAGCUGGAGAGAGAAAAGGACCAGAAACUGCUGGAGGAGAUCAGCCGAGAAAAGAUGGAACUAAUAAAGCAGCUUCAAGAAGAGAGAGAAGAAAAAGUUCAGAUUCAGACGAUCCUGGAGGAAGAAAAAGAGGCUUUGAUGGCUGAGAGGAGAAAUUGUGAGCAGGUCAGAUCAGAUGUUCUUGCAUUACAGCGCGAGCUGGAGAAGGUGGAGGAGGGCAGAACGAGUCUGCUGGCUGAAGUCGAACGCAAAGAGCAGCUCAGGCACCGACUCCAAACCCAGCUAAGCACUUUUGAGCAAGACAAGGAUCGGCUUUUGUCCCGCUUGGGCGACGUCAAACAAGAACUUGUAAGGUUCCAGACCCAAUUAGACCUUAUGGCGGAGAAGAAACAGGCUUUGGAGCGGGAGCUGGAAACUCAAAAGCAGGGUGGGCUCGCCCUGAGGGAACAAGUGCUAGUUCUGUCUCAGGAAAAAGUUACUCUGCAGUGGGAGCUGGAGGAGCAGAGACAGGAACACCAAAGACAGUUAGCUAAAGCACAAGAGAGCUCCCAGUGCUCUGAGAUUAAGCAUUGGAAGAAGCAGUAUGAAGAUCUUUUUGCUAAAGUCGGGCCCUUCCAGGAACAGCUGAAUGCCUUUGCAGCGGAGCGAAAUGCGCUGCUCAACGAAAACGGAGCAAACCAGGAGGAACUAAACAAAUUAGCGGAUGCUUAUGCCCGUCUCCUGGGGCACCAGAACCAGAAGCAGAAGAUCAAACAUGUGGUGAAGCUCAAAGACGAGAACAUCUCUCUAAAACAGGAGGUGUCAAAGCUUCGUACCCUGGUGAGUCGGCAGAAGAGUGAUUUGGAGCAGUUGAAGUCAAAGCUCCCCGGUGCUUCUCGCCGCAGGUUUGAUCCCAGCAAAGCUUUCCAGCAUGACAAGGAGAACAGGCACGCCGAAGCAACUGAAGCUCUAAAAGAAGGAAACCAUAAUGAAUAGCGGAGACUGUCUAAACAAGAGGAGCUUUUCAUGCAGAAAACUACAUUUUUCUCUAUGAUAAUUUCUGCCCAACUUAUGUUUCUCAAAUUGUGAACUUUAUUACUUUGUGUAACCUCACAUUACUGGUGCAUUACAUCAUUUUGUUUGUUUACUAACCUGAGAGGUUUCUAGUUUGUUUGGAGAGAAUGAAAUGUGCACAUAGGUGGAGGGAUUCAUUCUAAUGGGCAGAUUAAUCUUGUUUAGUAUUUUAUAAAACAUAACUUUGGAAAUUGUUCUUCUGUAAAUAAAGACUAAUUUUAAAUA